AUGACCUUUCUCGCUCAUACAAAGUCGCCUCUAUUCAACCCUGAUCGCAACCCCAUCCUUCACUCACUCCUCAAGCGCACCUUUUAUGCCCAGUUCUGUGCUGGCGAGACUCCGUCAGAGGUUCGAAGGACAAUUGCAAACUUGAAAGAGACCGGCUUCAAAGGGGUCAUUCUGGGUCACGCGAGAGAGGUGGUCCUGAGCGAAGAAGAGGUCGAUGGCUUGAAUGUGCCCCAGAACGUGGCAGAACAAGCUCAAGUCGAUGCUGAGGAAAUUGCCACAUGGAGACAAAACACCAUUGACACGGUGGACCUUGCCCAGCAGGGCGACUUUGUGGCGCUGAAAUUCACUGGAGCUGGACGUCAAGCGCUCCGACAUCUCAAGGAGACAAUUGCGUGUUCGACAGAGUUCGAGGAAGCUGUGCACGACAUCUGCAAGCGAGCCCAGGAGAAAGGAGUUAAGCUUCUGUUUGAUGCCGAGCAGGCAUCGCUGCAACAAGGCAUCGACAACUGGACAAUGUACUUCGCAAAAAGGUACAACCGCGAACAGGCUUUGGUAUACGGCACCUACCAGGCCUAUGCUAAGAGAACCCCACAAAAUCUGGCAAACCACCUUGAUCUAGCUCGGCGAGAGGGCUUCGUCCUCGGCGUGAAACUGGUGCGAGGGGCCUAUAUGGGCAGCGAUCCCCGUGAGCUGUUUUGGGCCACCAUCGAGGAGACGCACAAAUGCUACAACGGCAUCGCGAGGAGCAUCCUGCAACGGCGAUACCAGGGCAUCCUGCAGCCUGUGGAGGGAGGAUCAACGGAGUUCCCCCGGGUCGCUCUCGUGCUCGCCACCCACAACGCUGAAUCGGUGAGACUAGCCAGCGAACUUCGAGAUGAGCAAGCACGCACUGGCGAACCCCGGAUCGAUUUGGCAUACGGCCAAUUGAUGGGGAUGGCGGACAAUGUCAGCUACGAGGUGGUACGGCUGGCCAGGACCCGUUUAGCGUCGCACGACAGCAACCACAGCGUGGAGGUUCCAAAGGCAUAUAAAUAUUUGGUUUGGGGCAAGAUGGGAGAAUGUAUGAAAUAUCUCCUUCGUCGCGCCCACGAAAAUCGAGAUGCCAUGACCCGGACAAUCGAAGCACGACGGGCAUUGGGUCGCGAGUUGGGCAUCAGAAUGGCGUUUUGGCGCUGA